AUGUGCGCCUUCGCUACUUGCGGCCUAGCUCGACAUCUAUUCCAAGCUGUGGGGCUCUGUAAACGCAACGGGCACGCUGUCGUAAUUGCACAGGAUUCCACUUGGACUCGUUUAUCCUUCCGUCGUUCGCUCAGUCUUGAUCCUUGGUCCCCUAGCUCUCUCGAACCCCUUCUCGAGUGCACAGAAUCCUCGACUUCCACGCCCUCACGUACACAUCACCACUUCCAGUUCGAUGGACGCCAGAUGAGCAGCUCCGUACGCAGCCGCAGCGUCGUCCCGCAGUCGACCGGCGAUACGCAGCACAAUGUCCGCGAUGCAGCUCUGAUUGGAGCCACCUCAGCCUUCGCCAGACCACCCGCCAAACCUCAGCACCUCACCAACACAUACGCUGGAGGCAGCAAUGGCGCUCUCCUUGCUGCCACCAAAGUAGGCACAGGGCGGCCAAGCACUCCCGCCGGCGUUUCUGUGCCGUUGCAGAGAGAUUAUACCGGCGGUAGCUCACGGAGCGCAAGCAGGUCGCGUCCCUCUCCCAAGCACGUCAGCAGCUCGAGCUCUCUGGGCGUGCCUGACAGCCACGUCGACCGUGCACCAUCGCCAUCAUACACUGCCGCCAAGCUAGCGGCUGCGCGCCUCAGCCCUUUGCGGCCAGCUGUCCCGGCCAAAGCUGCAAACACGAUGAGCGGAAGGUCUGCGAACGAGCGUGAUCUGCUGCCACCAUCCGGGAGCGUAGGCAACGUGCUCGCGAGGCUGGAGCAGCAAAAACCGGGCCAACAGAGGAUCCACCAGGAGCCGCGCAAGAGGAGAGACAGCAUUGACUCGCAACCGGUCGCAAGUGCGGCUGCUCGAGACAAAUCCACCGAUGACACGCCUAUCCCACCGACCAACUCUCUCGUCAAGAUGUUCGAGCAGAACCGACCUGUGACCCCUACACAGCCUCCAUCCGCACCCUCGGUCGUCGUCAAGAACUCUCCGCCCCCUGUCAAAUCACCCAAGCCUCAGCGCAACUUCACACUACCUCCGGAACCUAAGGACGAAGCACGUCUUGUCAGGAAGAGGACUCACACACCGCCUCCUGUACCCAAGUCGAAGCCUCCAAUCGAAACACCGCGAUCGCCGCUCACCGACGGAACCAACGACCCUUCUUGGACGCACAACGCUCCAUUGAAGUCUCCGCCCAUCAAGCAGAAGCCAGUGCAACUGGCUGCUCUCAACACGAGGGCUACAACAGGACCGACAACGCCUGGUCAAGGACGGCCAAAGUCGCAAGACUCAAAGCGGUCAGCAAGCUUCCAUAGGCGUCUCUCGACAUCGUUGGAGAGUAAUGCACCGUCUUCGCCGGCGUCUUUCAAGUCAGCAAAAGAAGAGCUAGAGGAAGAAGAAAAGGUCAAGCCUGCUCUGCCUCCUCCACGACGUUCGAAUACUCGAAAGAAUGAGUCUGUCCCCGCUGAUGUCAAAUUACUGAAGCCUUCGGUCCCGGCUCCUCGACGACAAGGCAGAGGCGCUUCUCCAUUGCAGGCGCCCGAGCGAUUGUCUCCACCGAACCGACCAUCCUCAGCCGCUGGCUCAGUGUAUCACAAACCGUACCAGCGCGAAUCGGUCAAAGCCAUCACAAAGCACAUGACGGGUGAAUCCCUUUCGAGUGCCAUUAUGGGAGCAGCCCUUGCCUCUUCUCGACAGAGUUCACCGAACCCGCUUCAGCCAAUGACUAUCGAGCCACUCUUCCCACCUCGCAAACAGCAUCACCAUCACAUGCCAUUUCAUCGCUCGCCAUCUCCGCAAAAAGCAUCGCCGCCAAAGGCGACAGGCAAACUGCGCACUACCAUGCGAAAGGAUCCUUCUCCACCCUCUUCAUCAGAUGAUGAAGUCGAUUUCAAAGGCAAAGGCAACCGUAUCAUGGGCAUGAAGGUACGCAAGCAUCCCAACAAGCAUCACGAGGGGCAGCGUAAACGUUGGCGAGACCAAAUCACAGAGCGAGAGAGGAAACGAUACGAGGGUGUUUGGGCUGCGAAUAAAGGUAUUCUCUUACCUGCAUCGAACGUCAGCUACCCGCCCGACGACGAUCCAUCCAUGGAUGUGUUGAACUUGGUGGUGAAGGAGAUCUGGAUGAGGAGCCGGCUGCCAAUACACGUCCUGGAGGAAGUAUGGGCCCUCGUCGACAGCCGAGAGGUUGGGAGACUGACACGCGUCGAGUUCGUAGUAGGUCUCUGGCUAGUAGAUCAGCGUCUGAAGGGGAGAAAACUGCCCACGCGAGUCAGCGACAGCGUGUGGACUAGCGCACGCGGCCUUGGGAUCAAGGUCAAGGUUCGCGGCUGA